AUGUCACAAGAUAACUUAUUAGAUGAUGGUGUCAUGACACCCUCUAAACAAUACGAAAUCACUGAUUACUCUGAUAAACAUAGAAAUUUACCUCCACAUUUCAUUGGUCUUAAUACCAUAGAUAAAGUCGAGGAAUCUCCCUUAAAAAAUUUUGUUAAAUCGCAUGGUGGUCACACAGUUAUAUCAAAAAUUUUAAUUGCUAAUAAUGGUAUUGCCGCAGUAAAAGAAAUUAGAUCCGUAAGAAAAUGGGCCUAUGAGACAUUUGGUGACGAAAGAAUAAUACAAUUUGUUGCCAUGGCAACACCUGAAGAUCUUGAUGCUAACGCUGAAUAUAUUCGUAUGGCUGAUCAAUACAUCGAGGUCCCUGGGGGUACAAAUAACAAUAAUUACGCUAAUGUAGAUUUAAUUGUAGAUAUUGCUGAAAGAACUGAUGUCGAUGCUGUUUGGGCUGGGUGGGGUCAUGCUUCCGAGAAUCCUACUUUGCCAGAAAAACUAGCUGCUUCAAAAAGACGUAUUUUGUUCAUUGGUCCUCCAGGUAGUGCAAUGAGAUCCUUGGGUGAUAAGAUUUCGUCUACAAUUGUGGCACAGCAUGCUAAGGUGCCCUGCAUCCCAUGGUCGGGUACUGGUAUUGACACUGUUCAAAUUGACAAAAAAUCUGGCCUUGUAUCUGUAAAUGAUGAAAUAUACAAAAAAGGUUGUUGUGAUUCACCAGAAGAUGGUCUCGCAAAGGCUAGGAAAAUUGGAUUUCCGGUUAUGAUCAAAGCCUCCGAAGGUGGUGGUGGUAAAGGUAUCAGACAAGUCGAAUGUGAAGAAGAUUUUGUUUCCUUAUAUCAUCAAGCAGCUAACGAAAUCCCAGGUUCCCCAAUCUUUGUUAUGAAAUUGGCUGGUAAAGCCCGUCAUUUAGAAGUGCAAUUAUUGGCAGAUCAGUAUGGCAAUAAUAUCUCUUUGUUUGGUCGUGAUUGUUCUGUGCAGAGACGUCAUCAAAAGAUUAUCGAAGAAGCUCCUGUAACUAUAGCUAGUCAAGAAACUUUUACAGAAAUGGAGAAGGCUGCCGUCAGAUUAGGUAAAUUAGUCGGCUAUGUAUCUGCCGGUACUGUAGAAUAUUUAUAUUCCCACGAAGAUGAUAAAUUCUAUUUCUUGGAACUAAAUCCAAGAUUACAAGUUGAACAUCCAACAACAGAAAUGGUUACUGGUGUCAAUUUACCUGCUACACAAUUACAAAUCGCUAUGGGUAUCCCAAUGCAUAGAAUUAGUGAUAUUAGAGUUUUCUAUGGGAUGUCUCCACAUGAAGCUACAGAGAUUGAUUUUGAAUUUAAAUCCAAAGAUUCAUUGAAAACACAAAGAAAGCCUGUACCAAAGGGUCAUUGUACUGCAUGUCGUAUUACAUCUGAAGACCCAAAUGAAGGAUUCAAACCAUCUAGUGGGAGCUUACAUGAAUUGAAUUUCCGUUCCUCGUCAAAUGUCUGGGGUUAUUUCUCUGUAGGAAAUAAUGGUGGUAUACAUUCAUUUUCUGAUUCACAGUUUGGACAUAUCUUUGCAUUUGGUGAAAAUAGACAAGCUUCUAGAAAACAUAUGGUUGUCGCAUUAAAAGAGUUAUCCAUUAGAGGUGAUUUUAGAACCACAGUUGAGUAUUUAAUUAAACUAUUAGAGACAGAAGAUUUUGAAGAAAAUACAAUUACAACCGGAUGGUUGGAUGAUUUAAUUUCCCAUAAAAUGACUGCAAAGAAACCUGAUCCCACUCUAGCAGUUAUAUGUGGUGCUGCCACUAAAGCCUUUAUUGCUUCAAGUAAUGCCCGCAAGGAAUAUAUAGAAUCUUUAAAAAAAGGUCAAGUACCACCAAAGUCUCAAUUGCAAACCAUGUUCCCUGUAGAUUUUAUUCAUGAAGGUAAAAGAUACAAGUUUACAAUUGCCAAGUCAGCUGACGAUUGUUAUACACUUUUCAUUAAUGGUUCUAAAUGUGAAGUCAGUGCUAGACAAUUGUCUGAUGGCGGUUUGUUAAUGUCAAUAGGUGGCAAAUCACAUACAAUUUACUGGAAGGAAGAGGCUCAAGCCACUAGAUUAUCAGUCGAUUCUAUGACCACUUUGUUAAGUGUUGAAAAUGACCCUACUCAACUACGUACCCCAUCCCCAGGUAAAUUGGUUAAAUUCCUUGUUGAAAAUGGUGACCACAUCAGUGCAGGUCAACCAUAUGCUGAGAUAGAAGUUAUGAAAAUGCAAAUGCCAUUGGUUGCCCAAGAGAGUGGUGUAGUGCAAUUAUUGAAACAGCCAGGCUCAACAAUUGUUGCAGGUGAUAUCAUUGCCAUCUUGACAUUAGAUGACCCAUCAAAGGUUAAACAUGCUCUACCAUUUGAAGGUAUGUUACCAGACUUCGGCUCUCCAAUAGUAGAAGGUACCAAACCAGCUCAUAAAUUCCAUUAUUUAAUGUCAACUCUAGAAAAUAUAUUAAAAGGUUAUGACAAUCAAGUCAUCAUGAAUGCUUCCUUACAACAAUUGAUUGAAGUUUUAAGAAAUCCUGAUUUACCAUAUUCUGAAUGGAAAUUACACAUAUCUGCUUUGCACUCCAGAUUACCUGUUGAAUUAGAUGACCAAUUAGAACAAUUGGUUUCUCGUUCACGUAAACGUGGUGCUGUAUUCCCUGCUAGACAGUUAGCUAAGAUGCUUGACAAUGCCAUCAAACAACCAGGUUCAGAUGACUUACUUUCAACUACCGUGGCUCCAUUGCUAGAUAUCACUAACCGUUAUAUGAAUGGAUUAGAAGCUCACGAACAUUCUGUUUUUGUGAACUUCUUAGAAGAAUAUUACAAUGUUGAGAAGCUGUUCAACUCUCCAAACGUGCGUGAAGAAAAUGUCAUCUUAAGAUUACGUGAUGAAAACAGUGACGAUUUGGAAAAGGUUGUUUUGAUUGUUUUAUCCCAUGCCAAAGUUUCUGCUAAGAAUAAUUUGAUUCUCGCUAUUUUAAGACACUAUCAACCUCUAUGUAAGAUGUUAUCUGAGGUGGCUGCUAUCUUUUCUACUCCAUUACAACACGUAGUAGAAUUACAAACUAAAGCUACUGCCAAAGUUGCUUUACAGGCUAGAGAAAUUUUGAUCCAAGGUGCUUUACCAUCUGUCAAAGAAAGAACUGAACAAGUUGAACAUAUCUUAAAAUCAUCUGUAGUCAAAACAACAUACGGUGAUUCUCAUCCAAGACGCUCUGAACCAGACAUGCAAAUUUUGAAUGAUUUAAUCGAUUCCAAUUAUGUUGUUUUUGAUGUGUUAAUGAAUUUCUUGAUCCAUUCAGACCCUGCAGUUGCUGCAGCUGCAGCUCAAGUAUAUGUUAGACGUGCUUACAGGGCCUACUCUGUUGGUGACGUUAAGUGCCACGAACACAAAAUUGGAUCAAGUCUAUCCAACCCAUUAAUUGAAUGGAAAUUCCAAUUACCAUCGGCCGCUUUCUCCUCAAUUCCACAAAUGAAAAAUAAAAUGGGUAUGAAUAGGGCUAUGUCUGUUUCCGAUCUUUCAUUCGUUACUGACAGUGACAAAGCUCCAUUAAGAACUGGUAUCCUUCUAGCUGCUGAACAUUUAGAUGAUGUAGAUAGCAAUUUGUCACAAAGUUUAGAAGUUCUACCUGGACACACUCUUCCAAGUGGUCCAGCUCCAGACAGAUCAGGUGUUUCUUCCACUCUAAGUAAUGUUGCUAAUGUAUAUGUUGCUUCAACUGAAGGUUUUGAUUCAGAAAAAGAUAUUUUGAAAAGAUUGGAUGAGAUUUUACAUGUUAAUAAGCAAGAUUUGGUAAAAUCUGGUAUCCGUCGUAUUACGUUCAUGUUUAGUGUAAAGGAUGGUUCCUACCCUAAAUAUUACACAUUUACUGGCCCUAACUAUGAAGAAAACAAGACUAUUCGUCACAUUGAACCAGCAUGUGCCUUCCAGUUGGAAUUAGGAAGAAUGUCAAACUUUAAUAUAAAACCAAUAUUUACAGAAAACAGAAAUAUUCAUGUUUAUGAAGGUGUCAGUAAAACAUCUCCAUUAGAUAAGAGAUUCUUCACCAGAGGUAUAAUUAGAACAGGCCGCAUUCGUGACGACAUCACUAUCCAAGAAUACUUGACGUCCGAAGCUAAUAGACUAAUGAGUGAUAUCUUAGAUAACCUAGAAUUAAUUGAUACCUCCAACUCUGAUUUGAAUCACAUCUUCAUUAACUUUUCAUCAAUUUUUAAUGUCUCACCUGAAGAUGUCGAGGCUGCUUUUGGUGGAUUUUUAGAAAGAUUUGGUAAAAGACUGUUAAGAUUACGUGUUUCAUCUGCUGAAAUUCGUAUUAUCAUCCAAGAUCCAGAAACUGGCGCUCCUGUUCCCUUACGUGCUCUAAUCAAUAAUGUGUCUGGUUAUGUUGUUAAGUCUGAAUUAUAUACUGAAGUGAAGAAUGCCCAAGGUGAGUGGAUCUUCAAAUCUCUUGGUAAACCUGGUUCCAUGCAUUUAAGACCAAUUGCUACACCAUAUGCUGUCAAGGAAUGGUUACAACCAAAACGUUAUAAAGCUCAUUUAAUGGGUACUACAUAUGUAUAUGACUUCCCUGAAUUGUUCCACCAAGCUGCUAUAACCAUGUGGGAAAAGUCCCCUGUAAAACAUAAUGAUGCUAAUGCUAAGAAUAAAAAGCAUUCUUUAUACAACAGGGAUGAUUUAUUUGUCUCCCAUGAAUUAAUUGAAGAUGAGAACGGUGAAUUGACUGAAGUAGAAAGAGAACCUGGUGCCAACUCUAUUGGUAUGGUAGCAUUCAAGAUUACAAUGAAAACUCCAGAAUAUCCACGUGGUCGUCAAUUUGUAGUUGUAGCCAAUGAUAUUACAUUUAAGAUUGGUUCAUUUGGUCCAGCUGAAGACAAAUUUUUCGCCAAAGUGACACAGUAUUGUCAAAAGCGUGGUAUUCCUCGUAUUUACCUAGCCGCUAACUCUGGUGCUAGAAUUGGUAUUGCUGAAGAAUUGAUUCCAUUAUUCAAGGUUGCUUGGAAUGAUGACGAUGAUCCAACAAAAGGUUUUGAAUACUUAUACUUGGAUGAUGAUGGAAUAAACAUGUUGAAGAAAUACGGAAAGGAAGCUUCUGUUGUCACUGAAAGAAUAGUCGAAUUUGGUGAAACCAGACAUCGUAUUACUGCAAUUAUUGGUGCUGAUGAUGGUUUGGGUGUUGAAUGUCUAAGAGGUUCAGGUUUAAUUGCUGGUGCCACUUCAAGGGCUUACAAAGACAUUUUUACCAUUACUCUGGUUACUUGUAGAUCUGUUGGUAUUGGUGCAUACUUGGUAAGAUUGGGUCAAAGAGCUAUUCAAAUUGAAGGUCAACCAAUUAUUUUAACCGGUGCCCCCGCUAUUAAUAAAGUUCUAGGUCGUGAGGUCUACACUUCCAACUUACAAUUAGGUGGUACGCAAAUCAUGUAUAAUAAUGGUGUCUCUCAUUUAACUGCUUCAGAUGAUCUUGCAGGUGUUGAAAAGAUCUUACAAUGGUUAUCAUACAUACCUGCUAAACGUGGCAUGCCUGUACCAAUCUUAGAAACAGAAGAUUCUUGGGAUCGUGAUGUUGAAUAUGUUCCAGAAAGAAAACAACCUUAUGAUGUAAGAUGGAUGAUUGAGGGUCGUUUCAAUGAUGAAACAGGCCAAUUUGAAACAGGUUUGUUUGACAGAGAUUCCUUCUUUGAAACAUUAUCUGGUUGGGCUAAAGGUGUUGUAGUAGGUAGAGCUAGACUUGGUGGUAUUCCAAUGGGUGUUAUUGCUGUAGAUACCCGUACAAUUGAGAACGUCAUUCCGGCAGAUCCUGCAAACCCGGAUUCCACAGAGACUAUGGUUCAGGAAGCGGGUCAAGUUUGGUAUCCAAAUAGUGCUUUCAAGACAGCCCAAGCAAUUAAUGAUUUCAACCAUGGUGAAGAAUUACCAUUAAUGAUUUUAGCAAAUUGGAGGGGUUUCUCUGGUGGUCAAAGAGAUAUGUACAAUGAAGUAUUGAAAUAUGGUUCUUUUAUUGUUGACGCCCUUGUAGAUUAUAAACAACCAAUCAUAGUUUAUAUCCCACCUACUGGGGAAUUAAGAGGUGGUUCUUGGGUUGUUGUUGAUCCAACUAUUAACUCUGAUCAAAUGGAAAUGUAUGCAGAUAUCGAGUCCCGUGCAGGUGUCUUGGAACCUGAAGGUAUGGUUGGUAUUAAAUAUAGACGUGAAAAAUUGUUAGCCACAAUGGCACGCCUUGAUCCUAAAUGUAAGAGUUUACGUGAACAAUUAAGUGACAAGACAUUAGAUGAAACUAAACAUCAAGAGAUAUCCUAUGAAUUAGGUAAACGUGAAAAACUACUAUUACCAAUCUACAAUCAAAUCAGUGUCCAAUUUGCGGAUUUGCAUGAUAGAUCUACUAGAAUGAAAGCCAAAGGUACUAUUAAGAGUGAAUUACAAUGGAGGGAAGCACGUCGUUACUUCUUCUGGAGAAUUAGACGUAAAUUGAACGAAGAAUAUCUAAUUAAGAGGAUGAAUGAAAUUUAUGGUGAAAAUAACAGUAAGAUACCACGCCUAGAUAAGAUUUCAAGACUAAGAUCAUGGUAUGAUCCACAAGUGAAUGUCGAAAAUGAUCGUGAGGUGUCAAAUUGGAUCGAGGCCAAUUAUAAUAAAUUAGAUGAAAACAUCAAGUCAUUAAAGAUGGAUCAUAUAGCACAAACAAUAGCACGUUCAAUGAGACAAAAUCAUGAUAUUACAAUGGACUCAUUAGUUGAAGUAAUCAAAAUGUUAUCAGAAAAGGAUAAAGAAAAGAUUUUAAAAUCAUUAAACGGUUAA